GUGCGAUGUUUUUGCUCGAGGUGUUCAGUUCUCUCGCUAUGUUUGAACGAAACGACAUCAACAAGUUCGUGUUCUAAUAAAAAAAAAAAGAAUAGAAAGAAAGAAAAAAAUCAAAAUCAUAUUUAUGAAGUGGGAAUAUUGUUCCGAUUUCGUAGCCGGCUCCUUUGCUGGUGCGUGUGGGGUUUUGGUCGGUCAUCCCCUAGACACCAUUAAAACAUGGCAGCAGGCAUCAAACUCAUCAGUUUUUACUGCAAUCCAUCAGAUACGCAAGCGCAACGAUGGGUUUAAUGGUUUCUACAGAGGAAUGUUCUUUCCUUUUGUUACAACCGGGGCAAUAAAUUCUGUAUUAUUUGGAAUCUAUGGCAAUCACAUGCGUCAACUUAGAGCAGUUUGCCAUAGUGAUUAUCAACGUGAGCAAUUGGAAUACAGGCACAUGUUUGUGGCUGGAUCUAUUGCCGGUUUUGUCCAGUCGUUUAUAGCUUGUCCCAUUGAAUUGAUAAAGGUCCGGCUACAAACGCAUAAUUACUACAAUGAGUAUAUACUUGGACAAAAGAGAACGCCUUUUAAGCUUUUUAAAAGAAUUUGGAAAAGUGAAGGAAUAGCUGGACUGUACAGAGGACUUUUGCCAAUGAUGUGCAGGGAUGUCUUUCCAUAUGGUAUCUACAUGAUAACUUAUCGCCUUACAAUGGAACAGCUAGAUAAAGCUGAAUUCAUGAAGCGAAGAAAACAAAGACUCUACAAAGAUGGCACACCGAAAGUAGACAUUUUUAUAACAACAUUGGCUGGAGCUUUUGCUGGUAUUCUGUCAUGGGUAUGUGUUAUACCUUUUGACGUUGUCAAAACUAUAAUGCAAGCUGAAGAAAAUGCUAGAUACAAGAGUAUAACACAUUGUAUAAAGACAAAUUUUAAGCGUUAUGGUUGGAGAAGUUUGUUUCGUGGCAGUUGGAUGUUGGUUGUCAGAGCAAUACCAGUUAAUGCAGUUACGUUCCUUGGAUAUGAAUAUGCUUUACAAUGGUGUAGUAAUGGACCACAACGACUAAAAUACCAAAUUUAAUUAAACUUCUUUGACUUAUAUAAAUAUGUUCACUUAAAACUGACUGGCUCUUUAAACUAUUCGAAUAUGUAAAUAAGAUUCCAAU